AUGGAAGGGAUGCUGGAGAUGGAGGCCCAAAGGCUGGAAGAGCAGCUGGAGCUGGAGAGGAGACAGGUCAGAAGGAACAGGCUGCAGCUGGUGUCUGCAGUGGCCCAGUGGAUAGUAUUGCUCUCCUGCUUGGUCUACUUUGGUCUUGGUUUCCUGCAUCCCCCUACGACUCCAAAAUCCCAGUGGAUCGAAGUUGCAGCCACAGAUUACGUCCCCAAGGAGAAACGCAUCAAUAUCUCUUGGAAUCGGGGCACUAUGAACGUCAGAAACCUCUCCAUCCCGAUCUACUGUGAUGGCUUCUACCUGGUCUCCCUGAAGGGAACUAUCAAGGCAAUGUCCCAGAGGAAUGCCUCACUGAGCCUUAAGGUGUACAAGCGGUCCGAUGCGUCCAUCUUGUGUGUGAAGGUCACAGAAGAGGUAAUAGAUUCGGUGACAGUGUCCGAGAUGCGGUUUAAGGAUGAAGUCUACUUGGAGGCCAACAGAGAUGCCAACUACAAAGAUUUGACCCUGGGCCUCUUCUUACUGACUCCUCGCUCAGACUGCUUACCAGACGCGUAUAAAAUGUAAAGUAAUGCCCCUGCGAUCAAAUAAAACUGGGAAUUGGAACCCAGCACCUAAACUCAUGGGAGGGUUAUGUCUAAUAGGCUGUACAUGUUCAAAAAACCUACCCUGUCUUCGCCUCUCAGGGGCUUGUGGUAUGUCUGAGUGAGAGAGUUCUCAUGGCUAGUGCAAACAAGCCAAUGUGCAAAUGGUCUUUAUACAGCACAUGUCCUGUUCCUCUCUUUGGGGCUUACCACAGCUAUUUUGUUAGCUGAAAUGGGAGAAAUGUACAGUGCCCUCAAGAAGAAUGAAGAGGACACCACUGAAAAUUACCAGUGCUUGCCUCAGAGUCAGAGGAAUCCUGGAUUCUCUAUUUAUUUGAUAAUAUUUGUAUAUAAUUGAAAUGCCAUGUACAUUUGCGGAAAACAGUCACUUCAAUCAAGCAGAGACCUGGUUUGUCUUGAAGCCACCUGGGCAAGUUGGAGACUCCAGGGACCCACCACACAACCUUUGCCUCAUUGUGAAGGAAAAGAUGAAGAGAUGGCAGGCAAGGUGUCCCCUGUGGUCAUCCAGAUAAAUGUGCCCUGAAAGACUCAGGAAAUGAAAAAAUAACAGUGUUUGGAAGUGAGAGAAGAAGGCUGGAAUGGACAAGUGAGAGACUGUUACAAAUGGCUUUUUAAAAAGAAAGAGACAAAUUAAAAUGCUGGCAAUGUCUAAUAAUCUGAAAACUCAGUGGCACCAUAUGUCAUAUGCACACAUGCAUAUGUGCACGUGCACACACACACACACGCACACACACCCCUGAAAUUCUUGAGUAGGGUGAACUCAUCUCUAAUAUGCACAUUUACUCACAAAUACACACAAAAAUUUGGAUAUAUGCCCUCAGUGACUCUGUCAUUUAUUCAGACACUCAUGCAAAACCUGAUCCCAUACCCACUGAAGGCAAGAAGUAAAAUGCUGUUGACUUCAAUAGGCACAUGGUCCCUAAUCUCUUUAGAGAUAGCGAAUUUGGAAGACAAGGACAAUCUUUCUGGGGCUCAGUGUAGUAUGUGACUUGGACACAUACAGAAACCUGGCACAGAAAUACAAAACAAUUCCUUUACGGUGGGUUUGAAGUAACAAUUUGUCUGCAGAGCAAUUGAUACAAAAGUGUGAAAACAAAUACAUAUUUCAGGCUUGAUUCACAUGAGGAAGCCCUCCUGGGAUGCACCUUGGUGACUGUGCAGAUCCUGCAGAUUUUCUAAGGUGUCAAGCAGAGCAGCGCAUUCUCGUGGUGUCUAGCCAAAUAUUUCCAGCUAUGGAAUGAACGCAUGCUAUUUAUUGCCCUAGUCGCAAGCCAGGAGAACUUUCAUGUCCUGGCAAGUGGAGCACCUUCUCUCCUACCUUUCAUCUUAAUUAAAGAACAAAGAAACCAACCCUAGGAAAUUCCAUUUAAGCACCAAUUGUUAAGAGAAUGUUAAGACUGUACGGCUAAUCACUGAUAUACAGGAUCAGGGAAUGCUACAGUUAAUGUUACAUGCACAACCUGAACCCAGCUCUCUUGCAUGUAUACCUAUAACA